AUGUCCAGAUCGGUGCGCCCAAAACGCGCCGGUGAGGACUACGCCCGCACCCACCAAACCGAAGAAGACGAAAUCAACGGCCCCUCUACGACCAAAAAACCACGCUUCGAUAUACGCAACCCUUCCGCUCUAGCACCAGACGAACUCGAGGAUGAUGCCGUACUUGACGCAGACGAGAUUGGUCGUCGAGGCCAAGGCGUCCGACGCAACGCGGUCAAUCUAGACGGAUAUCAAUCAGAUAGUGAAAACGAGGGAUUCGAUGCGCGAGUUGAAGCCAAAGCCAAAGCUAAGCGACGACAACAAAAAGAAGAAGGUGGUGGUGAUGACGAUGAUAUGUUUGCCGAUGAGGCUGCAGAGGAGGUCGACGAGGAAAUGGGCGAAGACGAAGCAUACCGAAAAAAUAAAAAGAACGUACGGUUUUUGAAAAACGAGGAAAUAGAGGGACAAGCAAAUAGAUCGCGCGGUGGUCGCGCUGUCCAUGUUGACCUUGCAAACCCAACUGAAGCUCAGAAUGCAGAAGAUGUGGAAAGUGAAAGUGAAAGUGAAGUUGACGAGGAAGAGCGUGCGCGAGUCGACGAGGGAAUGGACGAAGAAGUUGGGGCUGGCGGUAAAAAGACACACGCGCCACUGAUCGAUGCAUUCAAUAUGCGCGCCGAACAAGAAGAAGGUCGAUUCGAUGAGUCAGGAAACUUCGUCCGAAAAGCAGUGGACCCCGAUGCUAUUCACGAUACAUGGCUAGACGGCCUGUCGAAGAAGGAUAUCCGCCGCGCAAAAGAAGCAGCCGACAAAAGGGAGAAUGAGCGCCGAGAACGCGAUAAACAAAACGAUAGUAUAAUCACAGCUGACUUGUUACGCACACUUAUUAAACACAUGCAACGCGGCGAGACGGUUCUCGAGGCUCUAGCGCGAUUAGGCAAAGGUCUGCGCAAAAAGCCGAAGUGGCAGAAGAACAAAAACAAGAAAGUGAAGGAAAACGGGGGAGAAGACGUCGAGAUGACAGAAGAAAAUCCCGAAGAGACAAGGCGGAAGAAAGCUAUUGAGGAAGUAACCGGCGCAGCUGAUCUGCUCUUAACGAGAGGCCAGAUAGAGAUAUAUGAUCAAGAAAGGGAGAUGCUCACUCGGCAAUUUCGGCGAGAAACCGGUGAAGAUUGGGUUGAUCCGCCUGAGAUAGAUGAAGAUCAAGUCGCAGGUGACGUACAAGCCUCAGCAGAUUCAGGCUCAUUAUGGGAAUAUCGAUGGUCGGAUGCGCGAGAUGGAGGAGAGACGCAUGGCCCAUACGACGGCGCUAUGAUGCAGUCGUGGAACGAUGCGGGAUAUUUUGGAGAGGGGGUUGAAUUUCGCAAAGUAGGGGGUUCAGAGAGUGAUUGGGGCCGUGUUACUUCUUUCUCAUGA